UGUAACCGAUUGUUUAGAUUAGGUAAUGUUCGCGUAAAAAUAGAUUCCUUUUUCUUCCGUUUGAGCGAAAGGGGGAGUUGGGGUUCUUUAUCGGAGUUUUCAGCUUCGUUCCAGGAGAUUUACAUGACAAAACGGUUGCACUGUUUAACCCAUCCGGAUGGAUGGACAGUCUGGAAAUCCCGACUCUCGGGCGGUAUAAAGCGCUCGGCAUGGCCAGUAUCUGGUCUCAGUCACGUGGUUCUUCCCGUUGGACCCGGUUGGUGUGUGUUGGAAAGGUCAGUUUAGUGUUCGGGACCGGGGGCCAGUACAGACCCCCAUCAUGUGGAACGGUGCACUGAUCGUGAUCGUGCUGUUGUCGCUGUUGUACUGCUGUUGGGAUGCCCGGAAGCCGAAAAGAUUCCCCCCAGGCCCCUACUGGCUCCCGUUCAUCGGCAGUGGUUUGGUGAUGCUGAAGCUUGUCCGAUCCCUCCACUACUUCCAUCUAAUGUGGUCCAAACUCUGCCACCAGUACGGUCCAAUCGUUGGAGUGCGCUUCGGUCAGGAUCGUAUCAUCGUCGUGUCGGGCCGUGAAGCGAUCCGUGCCAUGUACGCGAAAGAUCAGUUCGACGGCCGUCCCGAUGGGUACUUUUUCCGCAUGCGUUCGUUCGGCCAGCGGCUCGGCGUAGCGCUAACGGAUGGUCCACACUGGGAGGUGCAGCGCAAGUUUGCCGUGCGCACGAUGAAACAGCUCGGCAUGGGCCGGAACGACUUUGUGCGUGUGAUCGAGCGGGAAGUGCAGGAGCUGGUGGAAAACUUCCAUCGGCGGGCGGUGAAGGGAGAAACUUUCCCGAUGAGUGGUUCGAUGGAUGUGGCGCUGCUGAACGUGCUGUGGGUUUUGCUGGCGGGGCAGAGGUUUGAGCUGGAGAAUGAACGGUUGGGCUGGUUAGCGGAUACCGUCCAUCGGACGUUUCACGUGAUCGAUGUGUCGGGUGGAACGUUGAACCGGUUCCCUUGGCUGCGGUACGUUUGUCCGGAGAGCUCUGGGUAUGGACCGAUGUUACGGCUGCUUAAGCCACUUUGGGGAUUUUUGAAGGAAACUAUUGAAACUAUUCGAAAGAAUCCACACUGUCCCAGUAGGCGCGAUAGUCUCAUCUCGGCCUUCCUGGUGGAGAUGUCCCGAACCGAGCGUCACGAAUCGUUUACCGAAUCGCAGCUCGUCAGCCUUUGCUUGGAUCUGUUUCAGGCCAGCGUUGAAACGAUGAGCAGCGUGCUAGGGUUUGCCUUUCUGUACAUGUUGCACCACCCGGACGUGAUGCGGAAAGUGCAGCAGGAGCUCGACACUGUCAUUGGACCGGAUCGGUUACCGACGGCUAACGAUAGACCCUUGCUGCCAUACACGGAGGCCGUCAUCCUAGAGGUAGAACGCAUAGCGACCGUCGUACCGGGCGGGCUUGUCCACCGAGCGAUGGAGGAGGUGGAACUGUGCGGGUACCGGAUACCGAAGGAUGCCAUCGUGAUGCCACUGCUCUACUCGCUCCAGAUGGAUGCGGACUAUUGGAUCGAUCCGGACGUGUUCCGGCCGGAACGGUUCCUCAGCGUGCAGGGUGACCGGGUGAUGCAGCACGAUCUGUUCAUACCGUUCGGGGCGGGUCGGCGCCGCUGUCUUGGCGAAUCACUGGCCAAACCGGCCGUUUUUCUGUUCUUUAGCGCGAUUAUGCACCGGUUUGAAAUUGAAUGUGAAGGGAAGGAGCUGCCAUCGCUGAACGCUGUCGAUGGUAUUACGUUGUCACCGGUACCGUACACACUGAGGCUGGCAGAACGGGUGUGUAGCCCCUUCGUGAAGAAGGAACAGUGUUGCAAAAUUUGUGGCGAAACCGAGGGGCCGAUGGAAUCGAUUUUUUGCAAAGCGGACGACACUGCCAUGCUGAACAAAAUCUACAAAUGCACCCGGGUGGAGGUGACACCGGUUUGUGGCUUGAUUUCCCCAGUCUGUGAGCACUGCCAUCGACGGAUCGAUGCGUUCGAUGAGAAUGCACCGCCAAAGGUGAUAGAGUACGUGAUCAAGACCGAUCUGGACCCGGAACCGCUCGACUAUGAUCCGCUGAAUGUAGGCGACAUUUCCGAUCCGAUGGGUGAUGAUGUCAAAUCUGAAGAUGAUUCGGAAGAACCAGCAUGUAUUUACGUGACGAAAAUUGUCAAACGUAGAGGAAGACGGAAAGCCAGCGACGAGCCAGUUCGAAGCAGAGCUGCACGACGGCCAGGUCGACCGAAACUAAAGGUUGAACCUAAGAAACCUCGAAAGAGUUCUAGUAGCUUACGCGAAGAAAAAACUUCCUUGGACGAGGGAAGCUCUUGCGAAAAUGAAGCGGAUCAUUUGGGCGAACGACCGUCAUCAGAAAAAGAGCGUUCCUCUUCCCAGGACGAGGACAAUUCCAAAUUCACCGAUCUUGAUUCAGAUCUCGAUGACGAUGAAGCACUUGACCACGAGGAGGGGGAGGAGGAAGAAUCCGCUCUGGAUGAGGAAGUGGAUGAGCACACCAACUCCGAGGAAGAGCCCCGCAAACGUGGACGCCCAAAACGUACCGCCCGGGGAGCAACGUCAAAAAGCCCAAAGCAGUGCGAAGUGUGCGGCAAGCAGGUGAAGUAUAUGGCGGAACACAUGCGGCAGCAUCUGAUCGAAUCGCAGCAUCCCUGCCCACACUGCGACCGGACGUUCGUGCAGGCCAACAAUCUCCGCUACCACAUACGGAAGCAUCUCGGCGAGAAACCGUACGCGUGCAAGCAGUGCAAAAAGCGAUUCUACUGCGAGGCACACCUCAAGUCGCAUAUGCGUGUGCACGGACCGCAGGGCCUGUUCCAGUGUACCGUCUGCUCGAAAAGCUUCAACCAGGAGUGCAACCUGAAGAAGCAUUUGCGUGUGCACACGGGCGAAAAGCCGUACGUGUGUGAUAAGUGCGGGAAGCGCUUCAACAGCACGUCCAAUCUGCGCAACCACGCCCGGCUGCACACGGAGGAGCGGCCGCUGACGUGCGAUCACUGUGCGAAAAGCUUCGUCGAUGUGCAUCAUCUGCAGCGGCACAUUCGUGUCCAUACGGGGAUUUCUUGUGGAUAUAGCUUUUAUCUUGUAGAUUUUCAACAGAACCGGAAAGACUCGGCGUGUAGUGUAAAGCAAAACAGUGAUGAAGUAGAAUUUAGAGACAAUCUUGCACUGCUGCUUCACACAUUGAGGCAGGAAGCACAUUGCGUGACGAUGCGAUCGGCACGCAUCACCCUCCGAACGGUCAUCGAACCCAAACGGUGCACGAACUGCAUUUUGAGAACAAAGAUGGUGUCUAUAUUUAAACACCCGCAGGUCCUUGCCUUCACAUCAGAGCUCAAGUGCAUCCUGAACAAGCAACGCCAGUCCUUUGAAAGAGCAUCCAGAACGAUCCUCACAAUGAUCACACUAACGUUGGCAGCAUUGGCGCUGAUUUUGCUGGUAGCAUUUCUCGUGAAGGAACUAUGGCGUCUAGCAAACUAUCCUCCGGGUCCGAGAUGGUUGCCAAUCGUGGGCAAUACACCACUGAUCCGCAGGAUGGCCUCCCAGCAUGGCGGACUGUUGGCGAACGUGUUCGAUAAGCUGUCGGAAUCGUACCAGAGCAGCGUGAUAGGCUUGAAGCUGGGCCGUGAGCGUGUGGUGGUGGGCCUGGGAUACGAUGAAGUGAAGGACAUUCUGUGCAACGAAGCGUUCCAGGGUCGGCCGGACAAUUUCUUCAUUCGGUUGCGUACAUUGGGAACAAGAUUGGGCAUCACCUGUACGGAUGGAUCGUUCUGGAACGAGCAGCGAAGCUUCGUCACACGACACCUCCGCCAGGUGGGCUACGGACGACAGGCAAUGCACGAACAGAUCCAAUCCGAGCUGACCGAACUGUUGGACGUGCUGGACACCCGUGCGGAGCAACCGCUCUGGCCAGGAUCGAUCCUCGCGCUCAGCGUCAUCAACGUGCUGUGGACGAUCGUGACUGGCUCUCGAGUGGCCCGAGAAGAUGAUCGAUUGCAGCGACUGCUCGAGUUACUGCAGGAACGCUCGAAAGUGUUCGACAUGGCCGGUGGAACCUUAAACCAGCUGCCCUGGCUGCGUUUCAUCGCCCCGGAAUGGAGCGGCUACAAUCUGGUACGUCAUUUCAACAAGCAGCUGACCGAGUUCUUCUAUCCCACGAUCGAGGAGCAUAAGGGAGACUUUACCGAGGACAGGGCGGUGGACGAUCUGAUCUAUGCGUACAUCAAGGAAAUGCGCGACCGGGAAGGAACCUCCAACAAUGGCAGCAAUUUCACCGAGGUGCAGCUGACGAUGAUCAUCCUGGAUAUCUUCAUCGCCGGUGGACAGACGACGAGUGCCACGCUUGAUCUCGCGCUCAUGAUGAUGAUCGUUCAUCCGGAAGUGCAGGAAAAGGUGCAUCGGGAGAUUGAUAGUCAGCUGGAGCCCAACGCCAUCCCUCAUUAUGACGAUCGUUUGAAGUUGCCGUACGUUGAGGCAUUCCUGCUCGAGGUCCAACGUUACUUUAGCAUCGCUCCAGUGAAUGGACCAAGACGAGCAGUUGCUGACUGUACGCUGGGUGGGUAUCGAGUACCGAAGGACACAACCGUGCUGAUGGGACUGCGCAACGUGCACAUGGAUCCGGAGCAUUGGGGCGAUCCGGAAGUGUUUCGACCGGAACGGUUCCUGAACGAGCAGCGGCAGAUCGUCAACACGGAACGGCUGCUGCCGUUUGGACAGGGCAAGCGACGAUGUCUGGGGGAAACAUUGGCACGCUCGUGUCUGUUUACGUUCUUCAUGGGUGUGAUGAAGCGGUUCUGUCUGGUGGGAACGGACGAAGCGUCGGAGGAUGGCACGAGUAUGGCACCGUCGUUGACGCUGAAGCCAGGAAUCACUCUAUCGGCGAAACCGUACCAUGUGGUGUUUCAGCCGAGAAGAAACCAGAAAGGACGUUUGCAAGAAGAGAUUAAGGAAAGGAUAAAUUAUGUACAGUAAUGUUAAAUUUAUAAUAAAACUAGUUAAAAUGGCCCGGUUACAGGGCUACGCAACGUUUAUUAUGGAACAUA